CAGCCCUGGUGGGGGGCCCCAUCCUGCCCCUCCCUGGGGUGGGGGGCAGGCGGCUGCACUUUGCAUCUCGCAUCCUUAUCACCUCCUCGCAGUCGGGUGAUCAGUAACCGCCACGGGCCUGGCCCGGACACACGGACUGCUGGGGCACUUGCUGUGGGCCCCGCAGCCAUGUUCAGCUGGGUGAGCAAGGACUCCCGGCGGCGGAAGGAGCCCGAGCUCUUCCGCACAGUCUCGGAGGGCUUGAAGCACCUCUACACCACCAAGCUGCUCCCCUUGGAGGAGCAUUACCGCUUCCACGACUUCCACUCGCCCGCGCUGGAGCCGGCCGACUGGGACAACAAGCCCAUGGUGCUGCUGGUGGGCCAGUACAGCACAGGGAAGACCACCUUCAUCCGCCACCUCCUGGAGCAGGACUUCCCUGGCAUGCGCAUCGGGCCCGAGCCCACCACGGACUCCUUCAUCGCCGUCAUGGGGGGCGAGACGGAGGGCGUCAUCCCCGGGAACGCCCUGGUGGUGGACCCCCGGAGGCCCUUCCGGAAGCUCAACGCCUUUGGGAAUGCCUUCCUCAAUCGGUUUAUGUGUGCCCAGCUGCCCAAUCCGGUCUUAGAAAGCAUCAGCAUCAUCGACACGCCUGGCAUCCUGUCCGGGGAGAAGCAGCGAAUCAGCAGAGGCUAUGACUUCGCGGCGGUGCUGGAGUGGUUUGCAGAGCGGGUGGACCGCAUCGUCCUCCUCUUCGACGCCCACAAGCUGGACAUCUCGGAUGAGUUCUCGGAGGUGAUCAAGGGCCUGCGGCACCACGAGGACAAGAUGCGGGUGGUGCUGAACAAGGCGGACCAGAUCGGGACGCAGCAGUUGAUGCGGGUGUAUGGCGCCCUCAUGUGGUCACUGGGCAAGAUCGUGGACGCCCCCGAGGUGGUGCGCGUCUACAUCGGCUCCUUCUGGGCCCAGCCCCUGCUGGUGGCCGACAACCGGCGCCUCUUUGAGGCCGAGGAGCUGGACCUCUUCCGCGACAUCCAGGCCCUGCCCCGCAACGCCGCCCUGCGCAAGCUCAAUGACCUCAUCAAGAGGGCGCGGCUGGCCAAGGUCCACGCCUACAUCAUCUCGGCGCUGAAGAAGGAGAUGCCCGUGUUCGGCAAGGACAGCAAGAAGAAGGAGCUGGUGGCCAACCUGGGCGACAUCUACGCCCGCAUCGAGAAGGAGCAGCAGAUCCCUGCCGGGGACUUCCCCGAGCUCCGCAAGAUGCAGGAACUGCUGCUGAGCCAGGAUUUCGGCAAGUUCCCGUCCCCCAAGCCACGGCUCCUGGAGGCCGUGGACUCCAUGCUGGCCCACGACAUCGCCCGCCUCAUGGAGCUAGUGAGGCAGGAGGAGGCCCAGGCACCCACGGCCAAUGUGCGGGGCGGCGCCUUCGAGGGGGCGGCCGACGGCCCCUUCGGGCUAGGCUACGGCGAGGGGGCCGGCGAGGGAGCCGACGAGCCCGAGUGGGUGGUGGCCCGGGACAAGCCCAGCUACGACGAGGUCUUCUACAGCCUGGGCCCGGUCCAGGGCAAGCUGACGGGGGCCGCGGCCAAGCGGGAGAUGGUCAAGUCCAAGCUGCCCAACACGGUGCUGGGCCGGAUCUGGAAGCUGGCUGACGUGGACCGCGACGGGCUGCUGGACGCCGAGGAGUUCGCGCUGGCCAACCACCUCAUCCGCGUCAAGCUGGAGGGCCACGAGCUGCCCGCCGAGCUGCCCUCGCACCUGGUGCCGCCCUCCAAGCGCCGGCCCGAGUGAUUGGGGACCCUGCGGCCCCACUCUGGACUCUAGUAACAUGGGGCUGCUGGCCGCCUUGCCUCUGUCUGCUUUGGGGAAGGGGGGGGGCCCUCGACCUCAGGGAUUUGGGUGCUUUCCUGCUCCCCUUGACCUCUGCCUUGGGGUGUUUGGGCACCUGGAGGCCCCCCUCGUCGUCCUCUGGGAUUUGGGCCCCCCAUCCUCCCCUUGUCCUUCAUCUCGGGGGUUUGGGUGCCCACCUGCUUCUCGCAUCUUCUGGCUUAGGGUAAUGGGGUCUCCCUGAGGUCCUCUUGACCUCUGGCUGUGGGAUUUGGGUGCCCCCUGCCUCUGAACUUGUGGCUUGGGCUAUUAGGGUGCCCCCAUGAUCCCCUUGAUCUCUGGUUCUGGGAUCUGGUUGCCCCUCUGCUCCCAUUGUCAUCUGGCUCUGGGAUUUGGGCACCCCUCCCUACUUCCCUUGACCUCUGGCUUGGGGUAUUGGGGUGCCCUUUAGCCCCCUCAUCCUUAGUAUUGGAUUUGGGCACCCCCUUAAUUCCCUCAAACCCUGAGCCAGAGUAUUGAGGGUGCCCCACACUCCUCGUCCUCUGGCUCAACGGAUUUAAGUGCCCCCGUACUUCAUUUGAACUCUGUCUGAGGGCAUUGGGGCAGCCCCUCCUUCAACCUGGGUGUUUGGAGGGUCACCCCCUGGUCUGUGCCAGGGUGAGUGAGAGCUCCCUCUAUUGGUCUUGAGGAUUUAGGCACCCCCAUGCUCCCCUCAACCCCUGCUUAUGGGACUUAGGUACUCCUUCUUGCCUGGUCUCUUGGGGUACUGGGGGCAAUAAGGCCCCUCAUCCAUCUUGAGGAUGUUGGCACCCCCACACUCACCAAGAUAGGGUGUCAGGGGUAUUGGUGCCCCCUCUUCCCCUAGUGUUUGGGGGUUUUGGGGGUGUCCCCCUACCUGUCCUGGGGCAUUUGAAGUCCCUUGGCCUGUCUUGGGGGAUUUGGCCUGUCUUAGGAAAGACCUGCCCUGUCUUUCCCCAGCUCUGUCGAGAGAUUUAGGGGGGGUCCCUGUCCAUCAUAGGGGCACUUGGGUCCUCCUGGGGGGUAUCUGCCUCCUUGUCUGUCGUGGGAGCAUUGAGGGGUGCCCCCCAUCUCUCCUGGGCAUAUUAGGGGGCAGCUGUGUAAUUGGUGCUGGUUUCUUGCCCCCCCCCCAGGAACAAAGCACUGGAGUUGGGGGGGGCUUCCCACACCCCCUCUAGCUGCCCUUAAAGGUGGGUGGGGGCUGGUGUAGUCUCCCAGCAUCCUCUUUUCUUACCCCUUCCUCUUGUAGAAGACACUGGCCCAGCCCCGCAGGGCUUCCUGCCCCCACCAUCCCUGGUGGGGUAGGGGGGGUUCUAGGUUGAAUUUGGGGCCUAGACCCCCACUAACCAAGCUAGAUACCACCCCCAGAUGCCAGGGGGGGCAGGCCCCCUGCAGGUGAGGGGCACUGGGGAUUUCUAGCUGAGUACUGAGGGGAGGGGGCUGUGCCCAACUUGGGUGGGGGGCUGCUGGCAGAGCUGGGCUGUUUCAUACAGCUCCAAGGGCAGGAGGUGGGGGCCACGGGCAUGGGGCUGUUGGCAGGCUGGGCUCCUGGGGAGGGGGAGAAGGGCCCGUGGCACCCAGGCGUCCCCCUCGUGGGCAUCGGCUAUGACGGGUCUGUUCGUUCUAGCUCAUUAAAGGAUUGAUUUGACGA